CGUCUCCUGCGCUCCCGCCUCCUGCAUUCCCGCCUCCUGCGCUCCGCCGGCUGCACUGCCGCCUGCGGCGUUCCCGGUGCUGGGCCAUGCCGUUCUCGGCACAGCCGCCCGCCAGCGGCGAGCGCUACGCGCUGUCGGCCAGCCUGGACAAUGCCCGGCACCUGUCCAGCCUCCUGAGGGCCGUGCACUUCCAGGACCACGCCACCUGCCUCGCCACGGCCAGCGGGCUGCGCGUCACCGUGGAGGAUGCCAAGUGUAUCCAGGCCAACGCCUUCAUCCAGGCAGAAAUUUUUCAGGAAUUUUCCGUUCAGGAGGAGUCUGUGAUGUUCCGGAUCAGUCUGUCUGUUCUUCUGGACUGCCUCACCAUUUUUGGAACCAGCUCCUUGCCAGGAACAUCAACGGCCCUUAGAUUGUGUUACCGUGGUUAUGGGUAUCCCCUGAUGCUGUUCUUGGAAGAAGGAGGAGUGGUAACAGUGUGCAAAAUCAACACUCAAGAACCUGAGGAGUUGUUAGAUUUUGAUUUCUGCAGUACAAAGGUUGUUAAUAAAAUUAUCCUACAGUCAGAGGGACUGCGAGAGGCAUUUGCUGAACUGGACAUGACCAGUGAAGUUCUGCAGAUUACCAUGUCUCCAGAUAAACCCUACUUCAGGUUAUCCACUUUUGGAAAUGCUGGAAGUGCACAUCUAGACUACCCUAGGGACUCUGAUUUGAUGGAAGCAUUCCACUGUAACCAGACCCAGACUAACAGAUACAAGAUUUCUUUGCUUAAACCAUCCACAAAGGCAUUGGCUUUGUCUUGCAAAGUGUCCAUUCGAACAGAUGCUCAAGGAUUUCUGUCACUGCAGUAUAUGAUUAGGAAUGAAGAUGGACAGAUCUGUUUUGUGGAAUACUAUUGUUGCCCUGAUGAGAACAUCACUGAAGCAGAACUGUAGGUGUGUGUGCUAGCAUCUGUAAUAUAUUUUUGGUUAUAUAAAAUAUUAUAUUUUUUUACAAAACUAAAUGAAAGCUGUAAAGUUUGAUAGAGUUAAUAUUGUCUUUAUUUUUUUAACUCUGGAAUAAGAAAGCUGAAAACUUUCAUUUUCUUCCACUGCAAACAUUUCUUAGCCUUGACUCAAACUGAAAAAGCAGAAAGGGGAGUUAUGUCUUAUAGACACUGCUUCCAACACAGAUGUUAAAGUACUGUUUGUGUAAUACAUUGAUGCUUUUUGCAGCAUUCUCCAAGAAUUUUGUCUGUGCUAUGUUUUUUUUGUCUUUGGCCUCUAGUAAGCAAUUACACAGGGGAAAAUCUGGAUACUAGUUGUAUAUUGGCCAGAUAACUUUCAGUGACUUAAAACCAAAUUUAUCUUCAAAGAGAACAACAUUUUCAAACAGAUCUCGUAAUAGCAGCAGGUGGUUUCUUGCUGGGAAAUGCUGACAUGUUUUGUCAGUGAAGCCACUAGGCUUCUCCUCAUCUUGAUUAAUUUUUAAUAUAAUUCAAUUCCUUGGAAUUCCAUCUGACACCAAUUUACCAUUUUGUCUGCAAACUGAUAUUGAAUUGGUAAAUUGAUAUAGAGGCCAAGAUUUACUUACUCAUUACUCACAACUGUCCUGGCAACAUCAUUGUUUUGGGUCAAUAGUUUAUUACACAUCUGCAAGAAUGCUGCUGCUGAGCGGUUUCUGUGUACUCAUGUCCCUGCUCCUACUCUGCUGCUCUCUACUGGUGGUGCUAAGAAUCGUAAGAGAGAAAAGUUUCAUAUUGAAAUUUUUUAAUGAAUUUUAUUUGCCUUCUCAGUAGCCUUUUUCAGCAACAGGAGUUGCUGCUGAAUGGCAGCAGGGCAAUAUCUGCCUGUGUCCCAUGGAGUGGUGUAUUCAAAUCUGCUAAAAAUGGGGCUGACCUCAUGCUCACUGACAAGAGAGUGUGGUUCCUGGGCAGUUUUCUACAGUGUCCACCUCCAGAACAGCAGAUGGGCUGUGUUUAGGUAAAAGUCCACUUGUCCUUUCACACCAAAGACCCUGCACAGAACGGGAAGUACCUGGGAGCAGCCAGGCACUGGACUGGGUGCAGAGUCUGCAGAUCACACACAGAGACUGAGCCCUGCCUGCCUCUCUGCUGUGGGGUGGGAUCAGAGUCAGCAAUCUCCGGGUGGUUUCUGCAGCUUUAGACUCUAGUCAAGUUUUGUUGUCUGUCAGAUGAGGUCUUGCUUUGUUUUCUAUGGAAAACAGUGUGUUCAUAUGUUACCAAGUUGAUUGCUUCACAAUUCAGCAGAAUCCUUUGGGUUUAUUUUAAAAUGUUUUUGUGGAUAAUUUUUCACAUCUUGCUUAUGCCAGGAAGAGUAUACUUUUGGAAUACACAGUGUUAUCUGUUCACUUUUGUUGUUUUUUGUGCAAAUCAUCCAUUUGUCGCAAUAAAGCUUACAAUAAAGUUAACUGUUUGAAAUUUAUAAACAAUUACAAAUUUUUGAACUACAAGGCUGACGUAGAUACCUAAUAUUCUAAAUUACUCUUAUUUACUGGGUGUUUUUUCCAAACUAAAAUAUACCCAAGACAAGUAUAAAAUAA